UCCCAGCCCGACGAGGUGCAGCCUUCGCGCUCCCAUCUCUACGGUGUCUCCCUUUUUCGUGACUGUCGAGCGCGUGCCGAAACUCAGAUAUAUACUCACUUGAAUUCGCGUAUUGAGGAGUUCUGCAGCCUUGCCUCCUACGAUGGUAUCUUUGGAGGUCCUGGGGAGGGCACUCUGCCCCUCGAUCAACUACCGGACGCCUUGAGCGAAGAUACCAGUCCACGCACUAGUGAGUACAUGGUCGACAUGAUGGCUUGGCUGGGCUCUACUUUUGCCGCCUUCACCCACCUCCCGCCUAAGGUGGCUCAUACAGCCUGCAUAUCGGCGUGCAAGUAUAUUGUGAAAAUCCUACAACGUAUCCUCAUAGGUCCCGAGGUGUGUUUUGAUUGCUGUCGUUUGCAAUAUUUGUCUUGUCUUUUCGACCAAGCAUUCACUGCUUUGCUGCACUAA